AUGAAGCAAUCAAGCGGUCAGUGCACGUUUCCAUCGCCGUUUGCCGGUAGCACGUGGCAUGACUCGACACGUGGCACCUUAGUAUUUACCAACACGACGGUGACCGGAUGGAAUAUCGUACUCGGCACCGCCGCUACAACGACACUCAGCACGUGGCAGUGCUUGAACAAUUCAGAUCCCAGCAGGCUUGUGAUGAAAGCCACGCAGACGUGGACGUUUUCUGGCAAAGCGGUGCACGUUUACGCCUGUUUGAAAAUCACCGAGGUCACAGCUGGCGUUUCAUACACGUACGUUCAACAAGCCAGCCAAGAAUUGAACGGCAGGCAGAACAGACUUAAGUUCACAGUCGACGGCACUCUAAAAAACAUCGCUGACAUCUGUAAUGAAACAGCGGUCAUUCCUACGCUCGAUUUUCACGUGCUGGUUAAAUCUGGGUCCGAGGCGGCCGCAGCGAUUACAGUACCAGACCGGUUCCUGUUCUCGGCAGACUAUGAUUAUAUUGCUACCGAUUUAACAGUGAGCUGUAACGCAACGAACGACACUUUUGACAUGUGCACCAACACAUCGGCUCUGGCCAUCACGUACUCUGGGUCUACGUGCACGCAGAAAAUAGCAUACUCAGCUGGCGGUGCCUUUUACAGCGUUGUUAAGGUCAGCAUGUCGUCCUACGACUGUGUUGUCUUCUACAACAGGGACGCCACUCUCACUGGGUCGUACACUCGAUUUACUUGCAUCUGUUCCAACGGAACAGUAGCGUCCGUUGCGCCUAGUAACUGCACAAUAAAUCAAACGCCGACGGAGUUUCCGACAGAAGCAGAUAUGAUGACAGCCAAGGGUCACAAACUUGACUUUAAAAAAGUCCAUACCUCGUGUCCAAAGACAACACCAAGUACCACUACCACUACCACUACCGUAGCACCAGCCCCCGCGUCCUCGAACAACGCAGGCGCAAUUGCUGGCGGUGUCAUCGUAGCGAUCGUCGUUGUUGCCGUCGUCGUAUUAGCAUUGAUCAUCUGGAAGACUGGAAAGUGUGGUCAGGUCUCGGAGCUGGUUAGCAAGGUCAGCAUGGCCGCCAAGAGAACGUGCCCCUGCUGUAGCAAUAAGGUUGAGGAAGGGAAGAUAACGGGAGUGACGCAGAAUGGCCAUGGUCCGAAAGCCGAGGUGGCCACAGUGAACGAAGAGAACAGGCCAGCCUUGCACAAGGAGAGGUCAACGUUUAGCACCAUAACUAGGGAGAAGUCCGCGUUGAGCGCCAUAACAAGGUCCUCAACCCUGAACCGCCAGGCAACGGUGGCUAGUAUAGGCGGUGUUGAACUCAAAUCUGACCGGUCCGAAAGGUCCGUGACUCAUAUCAACGUUAAGCCGACAGGAGAAGAAGUUCCUAAGGAACCCAGAUUUCAGUUGUUUGGGAAGGAUCUAUCUUUCUUGAUCUGUUGUCCUGCAAAAGAGUCUGAGCCAGUGGAACAAGCUGCCGAACCAUCAUCAUUUGAGACAGCCGCAUCAUCAAACAAGACAGACGUUCCUACAGGGAAGGGAGAUAAGAAAGGUGGAAAGAAAGGGAAAAAAGGUGCAAAAGGGAAAGGGAAGGGAGGAAAGAAAAAGACAUCUGAAACUCAAACGGGGAAAAAUGAUGAAGCGACCAACGGUGAGCUGAAGCAGUCUCCGAGGGCUACUAGUACGCCAAUACCUAAUGGUCAAUCUUCCAACGUUGAUCAGUCGCCAAAGUCUACUAGCACGCCUACACCUAAUCGUAAAUCUUCAAACGGGGUCCUAGCCAUCAACAGUGGGGCCGCCGCCAUGUUGAAACCUGAAGCGAAGGUUAUUGUUGUCCUUAGUCAAACACUGACAUAUAAUUCUUCUUUUUAUAAAUAUUAUCAUGUAAGUUACGUUCAGCUCGUUAGUUUAAAACUCUUGGCUGGUGACGAAUUAAGCAAUGAAUGGCGAUUCCUCGCCUGCUGCUUUGGUAAGCGAUCACCGGAACCUCCCGCUGAAGAACCUAAAGAACCUGAACGUGAACCAGAACCGAAGAAAAAAGCAGCAAAGACCGAUGUUAAAGGUGGCAAAGGGGCUAAGAAAGUGGGUGGAAAGAAAGGUGGAAAGAAAGGAGCCAAAGGCGGCAAAGGGAAGAAAGAUGAAAAGAUGGUCGUGGAAGAAGUUGAUGAACAGGUUGAAGCUGAUCUGGCAAUUAAUAGGGCCAAGACAAUGCCCGAAAGGAAUCGAGAAAAGACGACACUUAGUAUAACAGAUGCGGGUAAAAUAAAGGUUGACGUGUAUGUUCCGGACGACAAAACGAAUCUCCAACUUAAGGACACGGUGACGGUUGUAAACGGUACGGCGGAGGUGAAGAAGUUACCGAAAGCCAAAACCACGUUGGGUGUAGUCACACCUCCAGAGGAGAAGCCUGCAUCUGCUGGUGGUAAGGCGGAGAAGAAGGAGAAGAAGGGUGACAAGAAGAAACCUGCCAAGGGUGGAAAAGGAGGUAAAGCAUCGAAGAAAAAGAAGAAGUAA